CGCAUUCCCCGCAUUCGUCCGCCAGCGUUUGACGCAAACACCUGCUGCUGGUGUUUCUGUUCCUCGCACGCGCCGAAAGCAAUUCGCGCACAAACUCGCCGCUGCAUGUGCUACAUCCAUUAGUUUUCCACGAACAUCAUCGCCCUCAUCUGAGCGGUGAAGUAACAAACGCACUCUGGUAUCUGAACAAUGUGGCGAUCGUAGAACAUCCAACAAGUUGAGUACAUCAAUCCGUCAUCAUGGAUUGGGUGAUCUCGGACGAGCUGCAGCUGACCGUGGGUCACGUCGUCGGCUGGGUGAGCGCCGGUGCGAUGAUCGUCGGUGGUGUGAUACCCUACAUACCACAGUACAAACAAAUUAAACAAACACAAGAUGCAGAAGGUUUCUCGUUGCUCGUCUGUCUUGCCCUCCUCAUUGCCAACACGCUCAGGAUUUUAUUUUGGUUCGGAAAACAUUUUGAAUAUCCAUUGCUUAUUCAGAGUCUGGUGAUGAAUUUUACAAUGUUUAUGAUGGUCCAUCUGUGCGUAAGUGUCCGGAAUAAGAACGAACUGCUGCAAUCGCGACAGCGCAUCUUCUCAGCUAAACCCCGUGAAGUGGUCAGAUUGCUUCAGACAAAACCUCCACGCUCCUCACAUAGUAUUUGUGAUAUGGAUGCGAAAUAUUUUUGGAACUGGUCGGACUUCCAAUCCUACGUGGACUGCAUGUUGUGUUUUACAAUAGUGGCGUCCGUGCUGAUGUACUUCUUUGUUGGGUACUUAGUUUUCGUGGAGCUGGUGGGCUUCAUGGCGGUGUUCACUGAGGCGAUGCUUGGCACGCCGCAGCUGGUGAAGAAUUUUCGCAAUAAGAGCACCGAGGGCAUGAGUAUAUCAAUGGUGGUGCUUUGGACAUGCGGUGACGUCUUCAAAACGACCUAUUUCUUCCUACGCGCAGCACCCCUGCAAUUCUGGAUCUGUGGUAUGCUGCAGGUGACAAUUGAUCUGCUUAUCCUGAUGCAGGUAUACAUCUACCGCUGCAACCCUGAGCCGCAGCGGGUGCGCUCGCGUCGGGGGGAUUGAGUAGUUAUCAUCUGGACACACGACAUUGAGGAGGGCAAGACAACACAGCAAGAGCAACGAGAUUCCAUGUCGUCGUCAAACGGCAUAACGGACGCUGCCGCCGUACCUGAGGAGCGCGUUCGUUUCCUAUCAUGCCGCGACGACGACUAUUACUUCCGACGGCCGGACGUGGUGGCUAACCACGCCGCGAUCGCCACUGCCGCAAAAGCGGAAACCGACCCACAAUUACAAAUGGAAUUGUGUGCGCCGGCCGAAAUAGACUGUAAUGAAGAUAGUGUGAUCGAAGUGAACGUGCAGGUGCACGCGGAAAGUGAAGAACAUUUCACGGCGAAUCACACUGCUAAUGGCACCGCCACGAUGGUGGAGGUGCGCAAGCCGACUGGGCAUCGCGUUCAUGACGUGAAUUCGGGCAACAACUUCAAUAAUAAUAAUAACAAUAUAGCGCCUAUCAUGCGUAAAAAGCCUCCGAAUCACGUCAGCGUGCUCAUACAUCGGCAUACGUUAUGACGAGUUUCGAUCUCGUCUGUGAUCCAUCAUAAAGUUAUAUUUAAUAGAUUGUAUACUUUUACCAGGGCGCAAUUGUAUUUACUUUUGUACUUCAAUUGCUCGUUUUAAUUCAGAUUUUAAGUCUUGCUAGUCGAUUAUCAAAGGAGAAGAUGAGAAAUUAGAUUUUAGUUUUUAUCAGUAAUAUCUUAACAAAUUAUUAUAGUCAAUACUACCAACUAAUAAUUUAAUUAAUCUUUUUCCAACUUUUUUUAAAGGGUUACAUUCACUUUUUAGAGGUUUUCUUUAUUAUGAAAUAUACAAAAAAGAAUAAGAUAAUAAUAAAACAACAAAUAAAAACCAAGCAAAGGAAACCAAACUAAUACUAUAGUAUUUUUUGGAAAAUAUUUUAAAUGUUUAAAACUUUGGAAUGUGCCAUAAAUUUGGAUUGAAACUUUUAGAUAUUUUAUUGAAAAUUUAUUAAUUCUGUAAGAAGUAGGCUAGAUUUGGAAUCGUUUUGUAAAAUUUUAAAAUUUUUGUAGAAUUUACAUCUGUCUAAUGAAUAACAUUUUUGAUUUGCAAUUUGAGACCAAGGCGUCGUUCAGAUCAUUUUCUUUCAAAAACAUUGAACCAAUUUAUUAGUUUUUACAAUCUCAGGUGAAUAUAACCCCUUAAAGUAUAAUUAUAUUUUUUAUAGUACUUUAUUAUCAAAAAUUAUCGUUUUUUUUUGCACUAAAUCCUGCGUGCAACAUUUAUUUUUAAAAUAAUUUGAUGAAAACAUAAUCUAUCACUUGUGUAGACUGAAUUCUAGUCGUGCACACAUUUCAAUUAAAACGAACGAAAUUUUAUUCCUACUAGUGAUGUUGAAAUGUGAAAAGUUGAAAAAUAAGGAAAUGUUAUAAGCGCACUAACGAAUUUAGCAAUUAUGAACAUUCUUUAAACAUGUUUGAUCAAAAAUUGUGGCGCAAGAAUAGGAGUUGUUGUUGUUAAAAAUUACUAUUGAUGAUAAUCAUUAGUGCAUUUUGCAGUCUAUGUAAAUGUCGAAAUUUAAGAUCUUAAGAAACUAUAUAUCAUUACAGUACCGAGGGUAGGAAACAUAUUAACAUCACAACGUUUAAUUAGCUAUGUUUCUUAGUGGUGCUACUACAUUGAUGUUAAUAUGUAUUAACUAUGAAACAUUAUCAGGAAUUUCUUCAUGAUAGUGUAAAAGUUUCAGACCAUUUACAUUUUAGUCCCAUACACAAGGUGCAAUAACAUCCUUCUGGAAGCAAACGCAAACACCGAAUUGAUUGAACAAAACAAACGAAGCAAUAAUUACUUAUAUCUUCUGUCUACAGUAUGCUGAAGUUAUCAAGCAAAAGCAUUGCUACCCAUUUAAUUAAAAUAUUCGUUGAUGUUAGUCGAAGAAGUUGUAACGAAUUUGAAUCAAUUGCGUCGUGAAAGGCGUGAAUACGAAACCGUAGCUGUGUUGAUGUGUAGAUAGAACAAAGAACAAUUGAGAAAUUACGUAAACGAACAAAGAUAAAACAAAUCUAUUAUAUAUAUUAUAUGCAAGUCUUUUGCGCAAAUCUGCCUUGUUAUUGACAUGAUGGUGAUCGUUAGAUAGCAAAUGAUGUGUAAUUGAUAUGAACAUAGGACCAUUUAAUGAUGAAGUAUUAUAAUUCAAGUAUUAUGACUGGAGAUAUAUGAGAACAUGCCAAUUCUAGUGUGUCGACCCAAAACUAUCAAAAACAAAGCAAUAACAACAUUAUCGGCCAUUUUGUUUACUAUUUGAGCCGGCACACGGCGAAUUUCGUUUGCGAAAUGGAGAAAUAAGAAUGUGAUUCCGAACUUAAAUUAUGCACUUGGGUUCUCGAUUUAGACGGACUAAUGAAGAAACAUUGUACCUAAUUAGGUAUGCGUUUGUGCUUAACGCUAAAUUCCGAUCGAAUGAUUUCUUCUUCUGUAAUGUUCAUUCAAAUAGUUUAAAUUUUGUGUACAUUAAUCUUUGAAGCUUCCAUAGCAAGCGAGUCGAUUGAUAUAUUUCCUAUUUGUAAAUUAAAUCCGCGAUUGGCGAUUUUUUUGAAUGCCAAAUAGUCUUCUAAAUUUAUUUGUAUACUUAAGCAAAAGAUGAAACAAUUUAUUAAUGAAUUUAUGCAAAUUCCAAGUUAGAAAGCGUUCGUCACAAAUCAUGUUUGACUUGUGGUGGUGUUUUCUUUGAUUAAUCGAUACAAUUGUAAAAGAUAUAAAAAUGUUGCCAUUUAGCGAUGUAUGAUUAAAAGGUGCGCGUGGUCCUUUAUGCUCGAAUCAAUGCUAUUUCCGUUUUCAUUUAGCACAGACGAAAUAUUAUUGAUUCGCAUCUUGGUGCCACUCGGUAGUUAUGCAUAAAUAAAUGUUUUAUUUUGAAAUAAA